CGUGUGAGCGGGGUCGGGCUUCAGUGAGGCAGCAGCAGCAGUCAGGGGAAAUCUGGGAUCUAUCUCUGUGGGAGAGAAGGGGAGUCGGUGAAGACCCCCGCCCCCCCCCCCGGACCACACCGGACAGAACCCCCGUCUCCUCCGGAGGAUCCUCUCUCCUCUCGUCUCCUCUGCGCUGCCGGCCGCGGCUUCUCCGCCAGGAUUCCGCACAAGUGAGAGAGGUGAUUGACCUCGCUGCUGCGGUGGAGCUGGACUGAGCUGCGUCAACACACACCAAAGAUGGACCAGUUGUCAGAUGAGGAGGUGGAGGUCCGGGAGGGAGAGGAUGAGGAAGAGGAGGACAGCGAUAAGGACGACCAGGACCUGGACAAGAUGUUUGGAGCCUGGCUGGGAGAGCUGGACAAACUCACACAGAGUCUGGAUGACGGCCGCCCGGAGCGGCCUCCUCAGCAGAAAGCUCCCCUCAGACAGGAAACCAACAUGGCCAACUUCUCCUACAGAUUCUCCAUCUACAACAUCAACGAGGCGUUGAAUCAGGGCGAGAACGUGGAUCUGGACGCUCUCAUGGCAGAUCUCUGCUCCAUCGAACAGGAACUCACCACCGUCAACGCAAAACCCAACAGCGCCGGCGGCAUGGCUCGUCUGGGGCUCACCGACACCAAGGUCCGUCAGAAGCCUCCAGCAGGGCGCAGUGGCAGGCAGCAGCCAACGGGAAGCGGCGGCGGCGGCGGCGGCAGCAGUAAUAACAGUGUCAGCGGCGGUGGCGGCGGCAGCAGCGGGGCGAGCAGCAGCAGCAGCAGCACCAGGGCGUCGCCCGCCGGCACCAUCAGAGUGCCCGCCGGGCAUCACGGGAGGCCGGCGCUGGCUUCCAACUUCAGCCUGGACGACAUCACGGCCCAGCUGGAGAAGGCGUCCAUCAGCAUGGACGAAGCCGCUCGUCAAACCUCCUCCCACUCGCUCAGCUCCGCCUCCACCUAUACGUCGGCCACCAUGCGGCGACCCGGAUCCUCUCAGCGACAACAUCGACGCACCGGAUCCGUCGGCACAGUCAGCGAACACGAGGCGCGUUCCAUCGUCCACUCCUCGCGCUCCUCCGUCACCUCGGCCUCUGGGGUCUCGGUGAACUCGGCCUCGUCCAUGGACUCGCUGGACAGCGCUCUCCGCUCCAGCGAGUCGGACGGUCAGCCGCCGUCGGUUCAGGCUGAAGGAGCCGGUCCGGGCCAUCACAGCACAGAGCACUCGUAUCUGGACAGGGAAACUUCUCUGAUUCUGAGAAACAUUGCAGGGAAACCCUCCCACCUGCUGACCAAGGAGGAGCAGGCUGCCAAGCUGAAGGCAGACAACAUCCGAGUGGCCCUGGAGAAGAUCAAGGAGGCCCAGGUGAAGAAGCUGGUGAUUCGUGUUCACCUGUCGGACGAGAGCUCAAAGACCAUGAUGGUGGACGAGAGGCAGACGGUGCGACAGGUUCUGGACAGUUUGCUGGAGAAAUCUCACUGUGGAUACAGUCCAGACUGGUCCCUGGUGGAGACACUCAGUGAGCUGCAGAUGGAGCGGAUCUUCGAGGAUCACGAGAACCUGGUGGAGAACCUGCUGAACUGGACCAGAGACAGUCAGAACCGCCUGAUGUUCACGGAACGCAUCGAGAAGUACGCGCUGUUCAAGAACCCCCAGAACUACUUGUUGGGGCGGAAGGAGACGUGUGAGAUGGCUGAACGCAACAAAGAGGCUCUGUUGGAGGAGUGUUUCGGCGGCAGCUCGGUGUCCGUCCCCGAGAUGGAGGGAGUGUUGUGGCUGAAGGAGGACGGGAAGAAGUCGUGGAAGAAACGCUACUUCCUGCUCCGAGCCUCUGGCAUCUACUACGUUCCCAAGGGCAAGGCCAAGGCUUCCAGGGACCUGGUGUGUUUCCUCCAGUUGGACCAUGUGAACGUUUACCACGGUCAGGACUACAAGGGCAAGUUCAAGGCUCCUACAGACUACUGCAUGGUGCUGAAGCACCCUCAGAUCCAGAAGAAGUCGCAGUACAUCAAGUACCUCUGCUGUGAUGACGUCAGAACCCUCCAACAAUGGAUCAACAGUAUUCGCAUCGCCAAGUACGGGAAGCAGCUGUACGUCAAUUUCCAGGAGGCGAUGCGGAGGACGGAGGCGGCCUACGACUGGUCGUCCCUCUCGUCUUCCUCCAUCAAGUCCGGGUCCAGCUCCUCCAGCCUCCCAGAGUCCCAGUCCAACCACUCCAGCCAAUCGGACAGCGGCGUGUCGGAGAUGACUUCAACGGGCCACACCCGCUCCCAGAGUGUGGUCAGCUCCAUCUUCUCUGACGCCUGGAGGAGAGGAACACAAGGAGAGAUGAUGAGGAUCGACCCUAUCAGUAGGCCAAUUCCUCUUCAGAUACCCAGCCUUUCCCCCCAGCAGCUCCCUCUCUCUCAGCCUCAGACUCCGCCCUCCAGGACCAGCUACACUGAUGGCCUUAUCCCAUCUGAGGAUUCCGAAUCCCCGUCACCGCCCUCGCCUCCUCCGCCACCACCACCUCCCCUUGGGUCAAGCGUGGCCCAUCAGCCGGCACCUACCUCCUCAUAUGUCAAGUACAGCACGCUGGCCCGCCUGCAGAGCCAGAACCAGUCCAGGACACAGCUGCCAGGAGCGACACCACCUGCCCUUCCCAUCCAGUCAACCAAACCAAACUACAAUACCCUCCCACCCACUUAUAGCACCUCCCCUACAUUGCCACCAUCCCCUCCCCCUCCUCCUCCACCCACAGCACCAGUUCCUGGCUCAGCCAUGGCCGCAUUGAAAUUUGGUCCACCAAGCCCCUGCUCUGGUCUCCCACCACCACCCCCACUGGAGGAGGAAGUUCACGAGGCCUUCUACCUCCCACCUCCUCCACCGGAACACAUGGACGCCAAUGGGUUGCCGCCUCCUCCCCCUCCAGAGCCCAAUACCUGUCCUCAACUCUGCAACAGUGGCCUCCAGGAGUUCCUGGCACAGAAGUUCCCCAACAUGGUGUACGAUUUCACUGCAUCCGAAUCCGACGAAAAUGCUCCUCCUCCACCUCCAGCUGAGCUUUCUCCUCCCACCUCCCUGCAAGCUCUUCGGCCUCUGUCCCCCAGUGGACCCCCUCGAGCACCUCCCAAAACAUUUACUGGUGGUUUUCCCCCUCAAACUGCUCGCAAACCUUCAGGCCCCUCUUCCCUUCCUAUCGCCCUCUCACCUGUGUCACCAACACCGCCCCACGUUUGCAGCGGCUCCUUUAAAAAGCAGCAGAGUUUCUCAACGGGACAUUCCCCAAAUCAGCCGCCUCCGACUCUUCCAAAGCAGCACAGCCUGUCCUCCAAAAACCUGUCCCUCUCUCCUUCUUCCUCCUCGUCUUCUGUAUCCAUCGCGGCCGCUACCUCUUCUUUGGUAAAACAGAUUGUCAAUCAGUUCCCAGGAAAUGCUGCCUCUUCUCUUUCUGGCUCCAACUCCAUGGAAGGAUCGAAGUUCAUUACUCCUCAGUCUCCUCCAGCGGUCAAGGCCAAACCAAAGUGGCAGCCAGGAGGAGUUGUAGCUCCACAGUCACCAGAGUUCCCCCCACCUCCUUGUGACAGCUCCUUAGAAGAUUUUCCUCCUCCUCCAUCUUCAUCCCCCUCCAAGACGGGCUCCCCCAUGAAGAAGUCGCCUUCCAACUCGUCCACAGGAUCCAACAAGCGAGGGCCCCCACCAGCUCCACAGAGAGCCUCCUCCAUCCGGGCCGGUUCAGGCGAGACCCAAGAUGAGAGGCCAAAGAAAGUUGAGAGCCUGGUCAACAAAUUUGGCCAAGCUCCUCCGACAGGUACCUCGUCCAGUUCCUCGUCAGCAACUGGGUCUCCUUCAAAAGAUUCCUCUGCACUUCCUGCCCCACUGCCUAAGCCAGGAAAGCUGAACUUGGCGAACCUCCCAUUGGUGCUCCAGGGGCUGCAAACAGGCCAGCACCAUCAGCCUACAGACUUCCCAUCCCCUCCUCCCCCACCUCCUCCUUGCCAGCCACCUCACCUUGACUCAUCUCCCGACUACUUCCCGCCGCCCCCCAGUGACUACGAGCUCUUCCCUCCUCCUCCCCACCCGUCAGAGUUCCAUCAACCCCCUAAGGUAGCCGUGGUUAAUCCCCAGCCUCAGAUGCAGCAGCAUCAACAGCCUGCGUCGUCCACCUUGUCGUCGUCGUCAUGGAAACAAGGCUCGCUGAAAAAGGGGGCAGUCCCUCCUCCAACCCUGAACCGGCGGAGCAGCAACACAACCCAGUAUGACAAUACGAUGUCAUUGCCUCUCUCGCCGCCGCCCCUGUCUCAGACACCACCUCCUUCCCUGUCCUUUUACUCUUCCUCCUCCUCCUCUCCUGUCCCCCCCACCUCCCCAAAGUCAGCAGGGCCGGGCUCCCUGACGCUAAGGCCUCACUUCUUGGAAGACCUCAACCGCACCUUGAAGAGGAAGUCGGUGUCUCGCCACGGCUCUCUCACCUCCUCCAGCCUCAUCCCCUCCUCAAAGAUGGAGCCCGUGGGCACUAUGGACGACAUGGCGCUCCUCCCGCCACCUCCUCCGGAGCUCAUGCAGCAGCAGGGCGUCCGAGGACACUCCCAAACUUUGUCUCGCCACCACACACACUCCCACUCCACCAAACAUGCCAACAUCUCAGGCUAUGCAACGUUGCGGCGGGGCCCACCUCCCGCUCCUCCGAAAAGGGACCAAAGCACCAAACUGACCGGCGAGUGGUAGUGAGCAAGGACACUGGGUGGAGCCUAAACAACUAAAUUGACUAUUUAGGUCUCAUCGUUUCUGCAGAGAAGAAAUAAUCAAUGUCUGUCUUGACUUGUCCGUCUCCCCUCAUCCUAAACCAUCAACCCUUGAAUUUCUGAGCAAGUAGCAAGCCAUGUUUCCUACUCUUAAUCUCAGAUAAUGAUUGUUCCUAUUAUCCUCAUUAUUACUAUCAUUACCAAUACAUGUUUAAUCCAAUGACAUGAGUAAAAAAAAAAUCUCUAUAUAUAUGUAUAUAUAUCUGUAUACAAGCAAGUUGGAAAAUCAUCUAUCAAGCUUUUUUCACAAUGUCUGUGCAGCUUUGCAUUGAAAUAUUCAAAAAGACGAGACUUGAACGAUGACGGCAACAGAGACAAUUUGCUGCAAAACGACUGGUACUGCAUGGAGCCGCUGCAACAGGAGGAACGUUACC